GUGCAAGUCGGAGAGCCCAUAGCUAGAGUACUCUUUCCUCCGGCCACAAGUCCUCGUUUAUCACUACUGUACCACAAAACGUGUCUGUUUUUUCUUGUCUUGUUCACUGAUUUUUAGAUAGACAAUUCUCUUUGUGACGGAACACACUACCAUGUCAUCCAAGCCUCUUGUCAAACCCGCUAAGUACGCAGAGGCCAACACGGACGAGGAUGCCACAAUCAGCCACGCUGCCUACGACUCGUAUGCUGCAAUUAUGGAGGAAGAUAGCGAUAAUCUCGAUGAAGAAGCUACGUGGCUCAGGGAUCAACGCCGUCUGCAUAGAUCUCUCCAUUGGCUCUACAGGCCCUCGGUAAUCAUGGUGGGGCUUUCCAUUUUCAUGUUUGCAUUUGCUCAUUCUUCCGCCGAGGGAACCAGGCAAAUGAUCCAGUUCAGACUUGGAUGUAACUCGAUUCGCGAGAGCACCGGCUCUGAGUUCUGCGAUCCUGCCCAAACUCAGGUGCUUGUACUGAGUCUUCAACAGGCAUAUUCUUUUUCUCUGGGCAUUGCCAUGAUAGUGGCGCUGGGAAAGGUGGCGCCGCUCUCAGACAAGUACGGAAGAAAAAUCUUCUUGAUGGGUAUAAUUGUGUUCCAAACAUUGGGCAAGCUCUCCAGGUUCUCCCUCAUGUCCACUUAUCCGACCCUUCAGUUCGCGUUGAUGGUGGCCACUGAGUUCUUGGCCAAUUGUUUUGGCGGCAUCAUGACCAUCAUAACACUCGCUAACUGCUACGUUUCAGAUAUUGCGGAGCAGAGCGAACGAACUUACUAUUUGGGGAUCAAUAUGGCCAGUCUUUUUGUCGGCAUGUCCACUGGUCCUUUAGUGGGUAACUUCAUUAUAUCCACCUUCAAAAACCAGGCAAUUAAUGCGCCACUGGGAACAACAUACGGCCCAGGCUUGAGCAGCGCUGACUUUGCACCAUUGCGCUUCGAGUUGAUAAUAUUGGUCCUAUUGAUCUUCUUCGUCGCUUUUGUUCUUCCUGAAUCGAGGGGGCAGGAUGCACGCAGAAUGUCCAGAUCGCUCUCCUCGGCUCCGCUGAUUUCGGAUUUCGGUACAUUGCUCAAACCUAGCAAGACACAGAAACUCAUGAGAUCUUUCAACUUUCUUCGCCCAGUGAGAUUGAUCUUCUACCCGAAAGAUAGCGUUCACAAGCUGAGGCACAAAACAAUAUCCAGCAGUCGAAUUGCUGUCUUGCUCUUGAUCUUGACGGAUUGUUUUGUCACAAGCUUGGCGCCUGCUCUCGGGGAGAUAUAUGUUCUUUACGGUAUCUACAGGUUCAAGUGGACUGCAGUUGAUAUCGGACAUUUGAUGGCGAUAACGUGUUCCAGCAGAGCUAUUGUUUUGGUUCUUGUCUCGCCCUUGUUGUCGUACAACUUCUUUCAAAAAACUUUGGGUUUUCAACCCGAUAUAAGAAGGUUUGACAAGAUCGAAUAUGGGAUUGUUGCAAUUGCCUUUGCCUUCGAAUCGGUCGGCCAGUUCUUGAUCAGCGUUUCGACGAGCGGGCAAUUCUUUCUUUUCUGCUUAGUUUUGAACUCCAUAGCAUGUCUCGCAACGCCUGCCAUCAACUCAACAGUCGUCAAGUUCUACCCCAAAUCUAAGACAGGUGAGGUUUUUGGCGCCAUGGCAAUUGUGAAAAACGUGUUCGCCAUAAUUUCUCCGGUGGCAACACUCGGUAUUUAUAAGGCCUCCAUCUCCAAGUGGAAUUUACCACAGACUGUCUUUGUGAUAUUCUCGUGCAUUUUUUUCUUGUUGGUGGUGUUGAUGACUUAUGUCAUAGUGAUCCUAGACAAGGCAGACUCAAAUGCCCUGGAAGCAGAUUCAGUUGAGGAAGAGAUGUGAUGCCAUUUGUGUAUUGUGUUUACGAUCAUUAAUAUAUUUAUUUACUCAUUCUCGCGCCUUGGGGUCAUCUAGCCCGAGAAUGGAA